AUGUCCGUUUUCACCUUUGACCCCAACCCACAAAGAGUGUCCUCCCCGUGGCUGCCAGUAGAAGCUAGCACAGAACACGGGCCGACAGAGCGCUCUCACACCCCGGCAAACCCGACCCACAGCCUACUCUCUGAGUACGGGGUCACCCGGCUGCCCCCGGAACCCCAGGAAGGACCAACAGAAUACAAAUUACAUCUCCUCCUCCGCUCCAGGAGGACAUACACUUACACAAGCACAGCUCCGCUGGGCUCGCGAUCCGCAACCCCCAGCGAGACCGGCGCUGAGCCGACAAGCUUGAGAUAUGGACGUGGCGGACCGGCGUCCACCCACUCCCAGCUGGAUCGCCUCAUCCAACUGACAACACAGCUCCUCUGGAGACUGCGGCAGACAUGCCCCUACCAUGCAUCUACUUCUUCGAGCGAUCUAGUCGUUCCAAAGCUCGUCGGCACCAACUUCGAUCUUGCUCAACCACCCAAGUUGGCAAAGGUCUGGCCUGGACUCGAGGAGUCGAGGGGUGCGCUUUACGAGAUCGGUGUUGCCGAUGAUGGAACACUGGUCGGUCUUACUCAAGACGAGCUUGGUGAAAGUAUAGCCAGGCUGCGAGCUAUGGCCGCUAGCUUGGGCUGCGACGUUGAGGUCUUGCGCAAGGUUAUUGUUGGCAAGUGUGAAUGGGGGGACAAGCCCUCGCUGUCUGCUUCUCCAUUACAUGCACUAUCUCCAAAUCUUCAUCAGGAUGAUCUCUGGGUUGCCGAGGCCCUGGUGCGCCCGGUCCUCGAGUCCAGGCAGGCCAGCAGAGAACAAAGCGAGGCCGUUGUUGACGAGACUUAUCAACACCAAGCCACGCCGCAAACAUCCAGUGCGGGUAGUGAGAACCAGCUCCGGGUGACCUUGACCGGUCCCACGACAUCUGGGAAAACCACGCUGCUGGGAACCUUGUCUACUGGCACGUUGGAUAAUGGCCAGGGCAUGAGCCGGCUUAGUCUUCUCAAGCACCGCCAUGAAGUUGCUUCAGGAGUCACGAGUUCUGUCACGCAAGAGCUCAUUGGUUACCGAGGCAGUGACAUCGUCAACUAUGCAAACCAGCAGAUCGAGUCCUGGGUUGGGAUCCAUGACUUUACUGGGGAUGGCCGUUUGGCUUUCGUCUCCGAUGUGGCGGGUCACCCACGAUAUCGUCGGACCAUUCUGCGUGGCAUUGUCGGCUGGGCGCCUCAAUGGACGUUGCUGUGUAUAGCUGCCGACGAUGCGGACUCUCGUGCCGCCACACCAGGUCCCGAGGGCCUCGGCCCUGACACCGGCGAACUCGACUUGGCGAAAGCUCACUUGGACUUGUGUCUCAAACUGGAGCUGCCUCUUGCCAUCGUCAUCACCAAGCUCGACCUGGCGAACAAAGCUGUUUUGCGUUCGACACUUGAAAAGAUCUGGACUAGUAUCAAAGCAGCCGGGAGGACGCCAAAGCUCCUGCCGUCAACGCAAAGAAGCUCCGCCGACAUGCCCGUCGAGAUCGCAGCCAGUGAUGACAGGGUGGUUCGCGAAGCCUUACGAGGGAUGGCAACAGCCAAAGACUUUCUCACGACAGUCCCUGUGGUCCUGACCAGUGCAGUCAGGGGUGAUGGGGUUGGUCUGGUGCAUGCAUUACUCAAGAAUCUGCCGCUCCCUCCGCCACCAACAGCUCACGACCUGACAGGUGUGGCGCUCAAUCCCGAGCAACCAGCCAGCCUGUAUCACAUUGAGGAGAAGUUUAGCCUUCCCGCAACCUACGCAGCCACUGGUGCAAGUGCUGAGCAACAAGAUGAUGCUGGCACCGUUGUGGCGGGUUAUCUGCGUUUUGGCAGCCUGGCUGUGGGUGACCAGGUAGUCGUCGGCCCAUUCCCUUCCGAAGAAGACGAUGAACCCACCUUUACUCCGGAAGACCGACCAUCCCCAGGCAGCUUCGGCCUUUCCCUAUCGCACCCAUCGUCUUCUGAGCUCAGUCGCGUCGCCCUACGAAACGCGAUAUCAGCAUCAACCAUCAAAGGCGAAUGGCACAGUGCCCGCAUCGUCACCAUCCGCAACCUACGAUUGCCGGUUGAGACGCUCGCACCAGGCCAGGUGGGUACUAUUGGACUGGUAUUUGAGCAUCCGCAGGAGGAUCUUUCGGACAGCAUCUUUGAGAGGCCAGCCCGACCUGUGUUGAAGAUCCGGAAAGGGAUGGUGCUGGCUAUUCCUAGCAAGCAUAUGAUUGCUACCGGGCUGCAGCUCCAGGCUGCUAGUGGCCUAACGGCAGUCUUUACUGAUCAGGAUGUUGGAGACCUGGCUUAUGGGGUCUCGGUCACCAUCUAUGUCGCCAGCGUUCGGGUAACAGCCAGGGUAGCCCGUGUGAUCGGCCCUAUUGCAGCACACCCAUCCAGCUCGGGUGACAUGGAGAGUGCGGACGAUAUGUUUACGCUUUCUGAUCAGAUACCGGGCGAGGCCCCUUCGAAACUAGAACAUACCCCAAACACUUUCGAAGUCAAAUUCGAACUGCUUAAUACUCGGGAAUGGAUUGAGUUGGGGUCUCGAAUCGUGAUACUCGAGGGCGCCAACAAGGAUGGAUCUGCAUUGAGCGGCUUCGUGGGUAGAGUUGUUGAGAUAGUGGAUUAG